AUGCAGCUACUUAGCUCAUCUCAUCGAAGGAAGGGAGAACAGAUCUGCCCCCAUUCAGCUUGUAGGGGGAGAAAAAAAGAGGGGAAGAGGGGGAAGCUUUACCGCCGCUUGCUUAAGUAAAGAUCAGAGCUCGUCUCGGGAAAGCAGAAAAGCAGAAGUCUGUUUUCUUAGGACGUCGCACAUGAAGCACAGCCUGCGAGCUCGGGAAGCCCCUCUCCAUGUAAACAGCGGCGGCUCGCCUCGCGCACUUGCUCAACUUUCCGCAACUUUUUGAGAAGCCGUUGCGUUGAGAAAGGACCAGUUUUUCGGCUCUCACACAGGACCCGGCGUGUUUAUGUUUACGGCUCGCGCGCCGCUGCCAGGCUCAGGCUGUGUAUAGACACCUCCCGAGAUUGUUUGUUUUUUUUUAUUUAUUCCUUUUUUUUUUGCUCGGGCUUUGAAAUCGGCGGACUUUUCCCCGACGCGACCGACUGUGUUUUUUUUUUUGGAAGGCGACGACGAUGCCUCGGCCCGGGAGAAACACGUACAGCGACCAGAAGCCGCCGUACUCGUACAUCUCGCUGACCGCCAUGGCCAUCCAGAGCUGCCCGGAGAAGAUGCUCCCCCUCAGCGAGAUCUACAAGUUCAUCAUGGACAGGUUUCCCUACUACCGGGAGAACACGCAGAGGUGGCAGAACUCGCUGCGCCACAACCUCUCCUUCAACGACUGCUUCAUCAAAAUCCCUCGGCGACCGGAUCAGCCGGGAAAGGGGAGCUUCUGGGCGCUCCAUCCCAGCUGCGGCGACAUGUUCGAGAACGGCAGCUUCCUGCGGCGCCGCAAGCGCUUCAAGGUGAUGGCCUCGGACCCCCUGGCGCCCAGCAAGCCGUCGGACGCCGCCCAUUACCUGCAGCAGCAGGCGAAGCUGCGGCUGAGCGCGCUGGCCGCCGGCGGCACCCACCUCCCGCAGAUGUCCAGCUACAACCUGGGGGUGUCGCAGCCGUCCACCUUCAAGCACCCGUUCGCCAUCGAGAACAUCAUCGCAAGAGAGUACAAGAUGCCCGGAGGACUGGCCUUCUCCACCAUGCAGUCCAUGUCGGCCGGCUACCCCCUGCACAACCAGCUGACCACGGCGUGGCCGCACAUGUACAGCACGAGCGUGAUCGACACGGCGGCGCCCAUUUCCAUGGCCAGCAGUGAUUACAGUGCCUACGGGAUGCCCAUCAAGUCUCUGUGCCACGGGGGGCAGACUCUGCCCGCCAUACCGGUGCCCAUAAAGCCCACCCCGGCCUCGGUGCCCGGUCUGUCGGCGCUGCCAGCUCACAUUCCCGCCUUCCUGUCGAACUCCCCCCAGUCUCUGAGCCCCACGUCCCCGCAGACAGCUACGAGCCAAAGCAGCCCGGCCACCCCCAGCGAGGCGCUCACGAACCCGGCCUCCGCGCUCCAGUCGGUCGCGGUACACUGA